AUGAGUCUGAGCAACAGCAAGUCUGUCACAUUUGCCCACUAUACUCAAGAUCAAAUUAAGAGUUUGAAGGAUGCUUUCCAACUAAUAGACGACAAUGGGGAUGGAACGAUCUCGAACAUUGAUUUAGAUAAAAUAUGGCAAGCGUUGGGGAAGAAAUUGACACAAGACGAGAUAACCAAUAUGUUAUCGCAGCAAGAUAAUGGAGAGCUGACCUUCCCGGCUUUUUUAUCAGUAAUGAGUAGCAGCCUUGGAUCCAUGCCUGAUCAAAGUUACAUAAAGGACGCACUUCAAAUAUUUAGUAAAGAAGGUGAUCUGGAGUUGAGUUGCGAUGCAGACGAAUUAAAGGAGUAUUUAGAAAUGACUGGAUUCAUUGGCGAAAAUUUAUUCGAAAAGUUGUUAGGCAACUUCAUAUCUCAAUCGAUCACGGGGCAGAGAAUAUUUAAGGGCAGGCGUUUCUUGGAAGCUGUAGGAGAAUAA